CAGCAGAGUAGGCUACAUGGCAUCCACAACAUACGCAUCAGAUAAGGCAACCAAUGAAACUGGUAGGGCUAAACGGCAUCCUCUCAGCCUCGCCCAAUUGUAUAAUUUUAAACGAAAUCAGAGGCUUAGACACGCAAAAAAAAUUAAUCACUCGACGGGGGAAUCUGCCUGCUAGCAUCAAGCAAAUUGCGACAAUUCUUUAUGGUUGCAUCGCAAACAAGGAGAUAAUAACGAGCAAGAAAGAAAUGGCUGAAACGACGACAGAGGAUGUUUAUGAUGAUGCUUACGAGGAGAAACCGGGCCCGAGUCCUCCAGUGAAAAUCGUAUGGAGAAACGUUAUAUUAAUGUCUCUUUUGCACCUAGGAGCUCUUUAUGGUCUGAUGAUUCUUCCAUCUGUCUCAUCUUUAACGCUGAUAUGGACGGGAGUGUGUUUCAUGCUAAGCGCUCUAGGAAUAACCGCCGGCGCCCAUCGCCUUUGGAGCCACAGGUCCUACAAAGCAUCAUUGCCACUACGAAUGUUCCUAGCAAUUGGAAACUCCAUGGCUUUUCAGAAUGAUAUCUAUGAGUGGGCCAGAGACCAUCGUGUCCAUCACAAGUUUUCAGAGACUCAGGCAGACCCACACAAUGCCCGCAGAGGAUUCUUCUUCGCUCACAUCGGCUGGCUGCUGGUCCGCAAACACCCAGAAGUUAUUGAGAAAGGACGCAAACUGGAGCUCGCUGAUCUAAAAGCAGAUGGGGUUGUAAUGUUUCAGAGGAGGCAUUACAAGUUAUCUGUGGUGGUGAUGUGCUUUCUCAUUCCCACGUUUGUACCUUGGUUCUUUUGGGACGAGAGCCUUUUGAUCAGUUACUUAGUUCCUUGUGUGUUGAGAUACACUGUGUCCCUUAAUGCGACCUGGCUGGUCAACAGUGCAGCUCACAUGUGGGGAAUGAGGCCUUAUGACCACAACAUCAAUCCCAGAGAGAACAAGUUUGUUGCCUUCAGUGCCAUCGGUGAAGGAUUUCACAAUUAUCAUCACACAUUCCCCCAUGAUUAUGCUGCAAGUGAGUUUGGCAGUCAGCUGAAUUUGACCAAGGCGUUUAUAGAUCUCAUGUGCUUUUUUGGAUUGGCCAAGGAUUGCAGGAGGGUAAAUCAUGAGACCAUCAUGGCCCGCGUCCAACGCACUGGUGAUGGCAGCCACAAAAGUGGUUAAUAUGUUUAGUACAUAUGACAAAAAAAUAAAAUAAAACAAACAAAAAAAAAUUAUAAGGCAACAUAUACAAAAGCAUUUGCAGCAUUUCUUAGUGUGCAAUGAAGAUUGAUCUAUAUACACUCUCAUAUGAAAUAAGAAACUAGAGUGUGUUGGACUAAUGUGUUCUUAAGAAUUCUUUCCUUUUCAUGUCAUGUAUUGGACUGUGGGAGAUUAUUUUCAGAGAUGGUAAAGGCCAUGGAUUAGGAGGAUAUUUAUGUCUCAGUCUGCCUCAAGAGACAAGAGAUGGUACUUCAAUAGUUAAACUGCCAUGUGCCUCAUUACAGCCUUCUCCCAUGAAUAGGUUGACCCAUGUUUUCUCUGGCUAAGCAGUUACUGUUAUGAUUUUAAAACAUCCUUCCAGCGAGCUAUACAAGCUGUAAAAUUAAGAGGACAUGCUAUUUAUAUACUGCCACAAUAUUAUAUUUUCUUAGAUGAUUAAAGCUGAUUUCCAUUUGAAACUGAAAUAAAUUUAACAACCACCAAAAUAGUUUUUUAUAGGUCAGUAUAUGUAGUCAAAUAAGACUGUGCCAUAGAAAAGUCCAUAGAAAGAUUGUUCUCAAUUGAGCUUAAAUGUCGACUUAUAUGGUUAGUUCUGGUAAGAAUAGGUUUAUAAAAAUAUAAAUUAUUUAAUCAAAUUUAUUUCUAUUGUACAUGCCAAUGCAAAUUUCCUCAGAUCAGUGAUGCUUGUAAUGAGGAAUUCCCUCAAGUAAAAUGAGCAAUUUAUCAGAAAGUUUAUUUCUUAAUCAUUAUUUUCCAUGUUGCAUCGUGCAUUUAUCUGGUUUUCAUUCUUGUGGUCCCAUAAAAUGACCUAUUAAAUGACCAGGUAAACCUAUAUGGUGAACUCUUUUCUAAUUAAAAAUAUAUUAGUAUGAAAGGUCUAUUUCAAGUAUUAUGAAAGGAUAUUUAACCAAAAAAAAAAAAACAUUUUGAAAGAAAUGUGUCUGUUAGAAUAAAAGCAUUAAGGUCUACACUUAUUCUAGCAGAUUUAUUAUAGGACAUUUAUUUGUCCUUAUGAUGUAAUCCGAGGAUUGGAAUAUUUAAAUGUCUUUAUCAGAUAGAAUUGUGCCCUUUGCCUUAUAAAAUAGGCCUAUAUAUUCAAAUUUUGGGUUAGACUCAAAAUUGAAAAUACAAAGAUGAUGUAUAACAUCAGAAAACAUAUUUCAAACUUAUGAAGUUUUAAGUCAUUCAGGGCGAGCUGUUUUCUUAGCUCUUCUGUGACUAAUGAAUGACCAUGUGUAGCUCCCUAACAUAUAUAUUUUUUUCUCAUAAAUGUUUAUAGGUUGAUAGUGGAAUGCGUUUUUCAAAUGUAAAAAAUUCCAAAUGCUUUAUAUAUUUAAAACAUACACCUGUUUUUAAGAAGAAACACAAACUGACACUGUUUCAUUAUUUAUACUGUGUUGACCUUUGAUGUCUGGGAGCCUUAAUGGGCACAUUUUCAAGGAAUGUUGUUUCAUGUACCAUAAACCAAAAUUUCUCAAUGUGGAAUUGUACCGACUUGUACCGUGAGUUUUGUUAUGAAUCAAUUCUAAUCUUUUCAUAACUGAAUAAAAUGUGUGUAUAUCUGAAAA